AUGGAUCUCAUUAGGCAAAAGCCCAGCCCGCGAAACCCCUCCAGCGCUCAUGAAACCCAGCAUUGUGCUCAUCCGUUGCACCAGCGGCCGUCCUCCACUAUUCUGGACGAAAGCUUGUCUAUGGCUGAUGCAUUUCGUGAAAACGGGCUGGUUGCAGCUGAUGACGCCCUAACAGCGCUUGUCGAAGAUCCGCAGCGACUCCACCGUGCAAGAGCGCGGUUCAGCGAAUCCCCGCCAUCCUACAGAUCGUUCGUGUCACACAACUCAACCCGAUCUCAGAGCCCUGAGCUGCAAAGUGAUGAACAACGACGCCACGAGAAACGAAAAUGGAAACUGAUACGGGAGCGUCGGGCAUCGUUUCCUUCCAACCAAUUCAAGGCCCAAAAGAGCGAGGAGAUAGAUCGGCUCUACCAAGAAGAUGGGUCUCGAACAAGCCGUCACCCAGCCGGUACAGAUUUCUACAAACUCGCGGAGGAGAACGUCAAGAAACGCUGGGUUGAGCAGGGAAUAUGGAACGAGAAGUGGGAAACCAAGAACGUUUGGAGGUGGAAGCACGAAGAACCACUCGACUCUGAGUUUGAGUCGAACAAGGAUAAAGCGGCUCGUGCUGAGACCCGUCUCUUCUGCCCGCCUCUUGAGCAAAGAGGAUCGAAGCCGAGACGAUCGAAGAGCGCCGAAGAGUUGCGAACGAUUGAGGAGUGCCGGCGCAUACGGGAACUUGAACGUGAGGCGUCGCGCCCAUACUAUCAGUUCGCCUAUCAGGUUUCGAAAGAACGCGAGCGGAUUCAAGAAGAAAUGAGUCUCCCCGAAACUCUGAACUUCUCUGACCUCAACCAAAUGCACCCAAAUCGACAGCAAGCUGCCCUUCAGGCAAGAGCAGAGCGCGGCCACACCCCGACCGAGCCUAACGUUCAAAACUCCAUCGUCUCGACUCCUCCGGACAUUAAUACGAGGGCCUAUGAGAGAGUCAAGAAUACCUGGGUAAGAAGAGGAAUAUGGAACAAGAAAUGGGGUAUACUGCCCGGGAUGUCGUGGAAGCAUGAACAGUCCAUCGAGGAGAUGCUACGUGAGGAAAUGGGUAAUGAUUCUGUCCCUCCCGAGGUUGGUGCGGUCGAGGACAGGCGCGGACCCAGCGAAGUACCUUGUAGGCCGUUAUUUGGGGCGUAUCCGGGAGAACAGGUCACAUCGUCGUUCUCGUGUUCAGUCUUCAACAACAUCCACGAACCGGCGACAUUACGAGCGGGAGCGGAGCGAAUCGCGUGUCCAUUACCGGCUGCAGCAGAUGGUCACAUAGACGAUCCUCUUCAAGAGGCAUGUCCGGGCAGCGAUCCUGUGAGAUUAUCGAAUGGCGAUCCCAGCCUGCCUUCCAUUGCAUCAUGUUCAGAACGCUACCAAGCAAAGAGAAGAGAGGCUGGACGCUCUGUCUUGCUGUCGGGGGCGCGACGAGGCGAGAGAGAGGUAUCUGUCGAGGCUGGGCUUGCUCCAGAAUUACCACGUACCGCUCUUGGUCCAGCAGUUCGUCCGUCCAAGAUUUCCAAGGCCUACAGAAGGAACAGGACUUCCCCCAGACGACAGCCAGAUGGCUCUGAAAUGACCGAGGUACUAAAGCUGGUUUCUGUAUCAGAUAUCGCUUCCGACCCCCUUGUGGAUUCUUCUGUGCAGCCUCGAAGGAGUAGACGCUUGCAGGAGGCCAGGCGCAUAACGGAUGCAGACUCCUCCGUUGGAAGAAUCAGUCCUGUGUUCGCGGCCUGGAACGAACCGCCUCCUGUUCAGAUAAGCGUCUCCGUGCUCUGA